AGGAAAGUACAAAAGCCCUAAAGUGGUGCUAAAGGCAUUGUGAGUCGUGACCAAGAUGAAAGAAAGAAAGUAGUACUUCUUGAUCUUGGUUACUGUGUUGUUAGAUUAGAUGCUUUUGCAGUGAAACAAACUUCCAUCCCACACUACUUUUUACCUCACUCACACAAUUGACAUUUCCCAAACACAUAAAUUACACCAUUCACACUGAAACGGUCAAAGCAAAACCCAAGACUAGAUGCAAUUCCAAAACCUAACAUAAUCCAAUUUAUAUUUUGUAAUUCUUUCAGAUGACGGAUAAAUCGCCGAAGAUGCUCCUAUUAGAGCAUGCAGCCGAGCUCCGCCGAUCUCCUCGGCUUAAAUCGCCUCCUACCGCUGCAAAUCGCAGCAAUGUAGGUUCGUCCGGCAAAUCAGGGCGGAAAAAGGGUGAGAUUGCUGUGAUGAAUUUGUCGGAGGAGAAUCGACGACGGUCGCCGAGAUUUUCUGUUGCAUCUGAGGGAACGGGAUCUACUUCUCGUGAUGUUAAGCGGCAAAGAUCUUCGAGACUAUCGUCUUCAAACGGGAAUGAGAACUUGCAAUUAGUUUGUUUUCAAGAAAAAAGAAGCCCAAAAGUAGUUCACAAAAACAACAAAAAUAUAAAGUUGAUUUCUACUUCCAUUGAAACCUUCUCAAGAAACUAUACUCCUGAAGUUGAUGAUCCAGAAUGCUCAACACUGUCUCUGGAGGCAACCAUAUCCCCAACUUGGGUUGAAAAUGGCCGAAAAAAUUCGGAUUACUUUGCUUUUGCUCUGUUAGAUGGCAACCCACCAAAAAAGAAAUAUAAAACAUCUGCGUCUUUAAUGAAUGGAAGUAAGAAUGAGAAAAGCAUUCCUUCAUUCAUUGGUGAUCCAAUACCUGAUGAUGAAGCUCGCAAAAGAUGGGGAUGGCGUUAUGAAUUGAAGGACAAAAAAUGUAAAGAUCAAGUGUGCAAAAUAAAUGAGGAUGAAGAAGACGAGAUAAUUGUAAAUGUCAAAUGCCAUUAUGCCCAAGCUAACAUUGGGAAUUGCAUUUUCACUCUUGGCGAUUGUGCAUUUAUAAAAGGUGAAGGAGCACAAAAAUAUAUUGGCAAGAUUAUUGAAUUUUUUCAAACAACUGAUAGCCAAAACUAUUUCCGGGUUCAAUGGUUUUACAGAAUUCAAGAUACAGUUGUCAAAGAUGAAGGUGGUUUUCAUGACAAGAGGCGUUUAUUCUAUUCAACAGUAAUGAAUGAUAACUUAAUAGAUUCCAUAAUAGAGAAAGUCAAUGUUACAUAUAUAACACCUAAGGUUGGUCUGAAGUUGAAUUCUGUUUUACCAUCUGACUUCUAUUAUGAUAUGGAAUAUUGUGUUGAUUACUCUACAUUCCGCAAAAUUCCAACAGGUAAUGCUGUUGAUAAUACUAACGAGUUAUCACAACCUGCUGUUCCUGAGAAUCUCUCAAUGGAGGCAUCUACUAUUACCAAGGAUCUACCUUGUCCUGAGUCGCACAAGACAGAACUGGCAUUACUGGAUCUCUAUUCUGGCUGUGGUGGCAUGUCAACUGGAUUGUGCUUAGGCGCAAAAACAUCACCAGUUAAUUUAAUCACGAGAUGGGCUGUUGAUAGUGAUAGGUCUGCAAGUAAGAGCUUGAAAUUAAACCAUCCAGAUACACAUGUGAGAAAUGAAUCUGCAGAGGAUUUUCUACAACUACUGAAGGAGUGGGAGAAGCUAUGCAAACGGUAUAGCAGUGACACAGAAAGAACAAUUCCAUUACGAUCAAAGAGCUCAGGAGGAAAGAAGAAUGUGAAUUCUCAAGCUCAAGAUAUUCCUGAUGAUGAACUAGAAGUUUCUAGGUUAGUUGAUAUAUGCUACGGUGAUCCCAGUAAAACAGGGAAUCGUAGUCUAUAUUUGAAGGUGCAUUGGAAGGGUUACAGUGAAAGUGAAGAUACAUGGGAACCAAUUGAAAACUUACGUAAUUGUAAGCAAAGCAUACAGGAUUUUGUGAGAGAGGGGAUACAAUCAAAACUCCUGCCUCUUCCUGGUGAAGCUGAUGUUGUUUGUGGAGGUCCUCCUUGUCAAGGAAUUAGUGGAUAUAAUCGCUAUAGAAACACUGCAUCACCAUUGGAUGAUGAAAGAAAUCGCCAGAUAGUAGUUUUCAUGGACAUAGUGAGAUUUUUGAAGCCCAAGUAUGUUUUAAUGGAGAAUGUGGUUGACAUAUUGAGAUUUGACAACGGUUCACUGGGAAGAUAUGCUUUAAGUCGUUUGGUACAUAUGAAUUACCAAGCAAGAUUGGGAAUUGUUGCAGCUGGGUGUUAUGGUGUUCCACAAUUUCGAUUGCGUGUUUUCCUGUGGGGGGCUCAUCCUGACGAGGUUCUACCCCAAUUUCCAUUUCCAACACAUGAUGUUGUUGUUAAAUACUGGCCUCCACCCGAGUUUGAGCGCAAUACUGUUGCUUAUGAUGAAGACCAACAACGAGAAGUAGAGAAAGCUAUUGUUAUUCAAGAUGCCAUCUCUGAUCUUCCUCCUAUCACAAACUUUGAAACUCGGGACGAAAUGUCAUACCAAAAUCCUCCAGAAACAGAAUUUCAAAGAUAUAUACGGUCAACUAAGUAUGAGAUGACUGGGUCAACAUUAAAUGGAACAACAGAGGAAAGGCAUUUACUAUAUGAUCACAGGCCUUGCUUUUUGUUUGAAGAUGACUACCUACGCGUUUGUCAAAUUCCAAAACGGAAGGGAGCGAAUUUCCGUGAUCUUCCUGGUGUAGUUGUUGGAGCUGACAAUGUGGUUAGGACACAUCCAACUGAGAAAAUUCCAUUGCUACCAUCUGGAAAGCCAUUAGUCCCAGACUACUGCUUUACUUUUGAGCAGGGGAAGUCCAAGAGGCCAUUUGGACGGUUGUGGUGGGAUGAGACGGUUCCUACUGCACUAACCUUCCCAAGUUGUCAUAAUCAGGUAGUACUACAUCCAGAGCAGGAUCGAGUCCUCACCAUACGAGAAUUUGCCAGGCUGCAAGGAUUUCAUGAUUAUUAUAGAUUUUGUGGGACUGUCAAAGAAAGGUACUGUCAAAUUGGAAAUGCAGUUGCUAUUCCUGUUUCGCGUGCUUUAGGAUAUGCCCUAGGAACUGCAUAUAGAAAGCUCAGUGGUAAUGAGCCACUUAUGACCCUCCCACCCAAGUUCUCUCUUUCCAAUUAUGUUCAAUUAUCAAGUAAUCGUGUUGGAAACACUCACGGGCAUAAUAUUCAAUUAUCAAGUAAUCAUGUUGGCGUCACUGACGAGCAUAAUGUUCAAUUAUCAAGUAAUCGUGUUGGCGACACUGACGAGCAUAAUGUUCAAUUAUCAAGUAAUCAUGCUGGCGACAGUGACGAGCAUAAUCUUCAAUUAUCAAGUAAUCAUGCCGGCGACACUGUCGAACAUAAUGUUCAAUUAUCAAGUAAUUGUGUUGGCAAUGGCAACACUGACGAGCAUAAUGUUCAAUUAUCAAGUAAUCAUGUUGGUGACACUAACGAGCAUAAUGUAAAAUUAUCAAGUAAUCAUGUUGGCGACACUGACGGGCAUAACGUUCAUCCUAUUCUUUGAUUUCAUGAUAAGUGGAGCUGGUAUUUGAACUUCUUGCUGAGCAAUUUUGUUAAUUUUGCAGAAUCGCCUCAGCUAGCUACUCUGUUUAAUUUGAAUGUAUAAUCUCAUUUAUUUGCACAACUACUGUGCUACUAUGUAGCUUAAUUAAGAGGUAAUAUCAUAUCUAAUAAAUAUUUGAACUUCUUUUGUAAGUUAAAAUAAUUUCCCCACCUAAUUUCAUGCUUGAAAACACAAUAUCAUUUGUUUUCCAUCUCAUUGUGGUGGAUGGGAAUUCCAUUUGCUUUAGGAUAUCAGAUGAUUUGGUGCUUUUAUUUGGGAUUUAGCUCUUUAAGAGUGUGUGAUUCAUUUUAGAGGGUAAAGUAAGGAGUCAAAUAAAAAACAAUGGUUGAUAUUGUAACA